GAACUGUCGCUCAGCAUGGGAAGUCCGAACCUAAAUCUCUCAGCCUGCCUGCUGCAUCUGCUGCUGUUCGCCGCCUUGGGCCAGGGCAUUGAGUGGACGGUGCCCGAUGUUGUGGGCUCGCUGCGGAAUGUUGGCUCCUCCAUCAUCGAUACGAAGUCGUUGCCCACGCCGCAGGGCCUGCUCGAGGGUAGCAAGAAUCUGAUCGCCGGCUAUCCCUUUGAAUACGUCUCCUCCUCCAUCAACUUUCUAUGCUCUCAAGCGCUGAGCUCCAAUAAAAUCAAGUCCAAGUACACGCCGGACAUCAAGCAAAUGAAGUUCCAGCUGCGCACCGCCUGCAACAAGACGAGCUUUCCACUUCUCGAGGCCGACUCCAUAUGGCGCAGCCCCGACUUCGAUCCCAAGAAGGGCGUUGUCAUUCUGGCCACCGGCUGGACGACCAGCAUCAAUGACACGGACGAAACCAUCGAUAAAUUUGCCCAGGCCUACAACUGUCGCGGCGAUGUUAACUUUGUGGCUGUGGAUGUUGCCAAAUUCAUAGAUACCCUGUACACUUGGUCCGCUUUCAAUACAGACGAGAUUGGCGAGAACAUUGCUCGGGGCUUGGUCAAGCUGCUGGAUGUGGUCAAUGUGGACAAAAUCCAUCUGAUUGGCCACAGUCUGGGCGCGCACAUUGUGGGCUCGGCGGGACGCUAUCUGCAGCAGAUGACUGGCAAAACGUUGUCGCGCAUCACUGGACUGGAUCCGGCCAAGCCGUGCUUCAAUGAGGGCGAGGUUCUGUCGGGCCUGCAGCGCGGCGACGCGAAGUUCAUCGAUGUCAUCCAUAGUAAUCCGGGCGUGCUGGGCAAACGGGAUCCCAUGGGCGAUGUGGACUUCUAUCCGGGCGGUCUGGAUCCUCUGCCCGCCGGCUGCAUUUCGGUGACCUGUGCCCAUGCCCGUGCCUGGGAGUAUUACGAGGAGUCCAUUUAUCCGGGCAACGAGCGCAACUUCCUGGCCACACGCUGCAGCUCGCUGAGAAGGCUGCGCGAUGAUCUCUGCACCGGCGAACAGUAUCCCAUGGGCUACGCUGUGCCGCACAACAUCAAGGGCAACUACUUCCUGGAGGUCAACAGCAUCAAGCCCUAUGGCAAGCAGUCAUCGGGCACGCGUUCAGCCCGGCUCGCCAAGUGCGGCGUCUGUGACAAGUAAAGGCCGCACUUCGUGAUGAUAUCCAAACCUAUAUCGAUACCUGAUACCCGUUCCACUUGUGGUUGCCUCUGAAUGCGAGAAUUCUGAACAUUCGGAGCUGCAUUCGAAAGGAAACUUACCAACUAAUAUAGGCUUAAGAGAUCUUAUGAAAUCCCAUAGUAAUUCCGUGACUGCGAUAAGCCGAUAAUAUUGCAGUUUCGAAAAAAUUAUCCGCUAUAUCAUUUUUUUUUUUCAUAGUAUUUAAUUCCUUCUACAUAUAAGCUGUUUAUUUUCGUCAGAUAUUUGCUUGGCCUGAACUAUGGGCCCCCAAAUACAAUUUGCAUGUUAAGCGUUGACAAUUCAA